AUGCAAUUCACCACCACUCUCGCAACAGUCGUUCUCGCUCUCACCACCGCGGCGACUGCGAUCCCCUCUCCCAUUCCUCAGAUCACUCUCCGCAUCUACAACGACCAAAGUGGCGCCAAUGCCGAAGCCACUAUCCCUGCAGACGGUACCCCAUACCACAUAUCUUCGCUCUUCGCCGGCAGUGCCAUUGACACUGGUGCUGGCAAUAUCAUCGGUACAUCGGCCCAACUCACCAGAUUCCAAGAUACGACCAAAUGUCAGCUUGUCAACCUCAACAUCCCUGGCUGGAUCUUCGAUAUCGAUGGCCGUGCGAAGAACUUUGUCGACUUGGAUGGUGAUGUUACCAAGCCGAUCCAGAUCUGGCUUGGUGGAUUCACUUUCCAUUGUGAAAAGGCUUACUAG